AUCAAAGCAAAGUGGCUGCUUUGAAGAAUCUCAAAUAUAAAUCCUAUAUUGAUUUGACACUUUUUUGGUUACUACAUGAUUCCAUGUGUUAUUUCAUAGUUUUGAUGUCUUUACUAUCUUCACUACAAAGUAGACAAUAGUCAAAGAAAGAAAACCCUUACAUGAGUAGGCAUGUCCAAACUUUAGACUGGUACUGUAUAUUCUUAUGCGCAACGCAGAGUGCCUGGACAUAGCCCUUAGCUGUGGUAUAUUGACCAUAUACCACAAACCCCCGAGGUGCCUUCUUAUUGCUAUUUUAAUCUGGUUACCAACGUAAUUCGAGCAGUGCAAAUACAUGUUUUGGCAUACGAGUGGUAUAAUGUCUGAUAUACCAUCGACUGUCAGCCAAUCAGCAUUCAGGGCUCAAACCACCCAGUUUAUAAAUGACCAUUAAUAUAUUACCAUAAGAAUGUAUAUAUUCCUGCUACCAGUCACUUUUCAGCCUGGUUUACAUGUAUAUUUCACUACCAGACACUUUUUAUUUAUAAAUCCACCUCAACCUUAGUAAGGUCCUGGCAGUAACCUGUAUGUACUUGCAUUCUCGUGUUUCUAACUCACAUUGUAGUUUUUGUGUGGUUGACAUUUUUUAUAUUGUUGGGAAAGAGCUAUCAAGGUACAGUUUUACACCUGCUUUGUCCUGUGCAAGUGGCGAAUAAACUUUGAAACUUGAAAAUAAUCAUUUUCUUUACCCCAAAUGUAUAAUUAAUUCGAGAACCGGAAUACAAGACUAGCUCCUUCCACUGAGGGACGAUAGUGAGUCGUUUUCGACGCAUAUCCUGCGAUAAAACACCACUGAGAAAGAAGAGUCAAAACCAUUUUUUUUUUACAGUCUAUGGUGUAAACAGAAGGAUAUGGCCGACGAGAGGGGAGCAGGCGACAACAAUAUCAACGACAACAUGGGCAACCAACUACAGCUCUUACCCGAAAAUGAAGAGGAAGAGGAGAAUGAGAUGGAGACUGAGGACCGUGACAGUGAGGAUGCAGAAAAACCAAACAUAAACUUUGACCCCAGUCUUCCAACUUCACAUGCUUACCUGGGCUCAGAUAUGGAGGAGUUUCAUGGGCGCACAGUGCACGAUGACGACAGCUGCCAGACCAUCCCAGUGCUGCCAUUCACAGCUGUCAUGCUGAUCCCAGGACAGACCCUGCCGCUGCAGCUCUUCAGACCGCAGGAGGUCAGCAUGAUGCGAAGCAUUAUCCAGAGAGACCGCACCUUUGCUGUUCUUGCACACAGUGAAACAGGCGAGGUGCAGGCAGAGUUUGGGACGACGGCUGAGAUCUAUGCUUACCGGGAGGAGCAGGAGUACGGCAUUGAGACAGUCAAAGUGAAGGCAGUCGGGCGGCAGCGGUUCAAGGUCCAUGAGAUCAGAACGCAAGCAGAUGGAAUCAGACAGGCCAAGGUGCAGAUCCUCCCUGAGCGGAUCCUUCCAGACCCCCUGACUGCAGUGCAGCUCACGCCCCUGUCCCGCCUCCACAUGCACCCCUCCUCCAGACCCCCUGCCCAGAGCUGCAAACAGGCCCAGUGCUGGUGGGCCACCUACCGCCAGAGGAAGUUCCACUGUGCCAACAUGACCUCGUGGCCUCCCUGGGUCUACGCCCUCUAUGACUCUGAGACUCUGAUGAAGAGAGUGAAGAGACAGCUCCAUGAGUGGGACGAGAACCUCAAGGAUGAUUCCCUCCCCACAAACGCUAUAGAUUUCUCCUAUAGAGUGGCUGCCUGUCUGCCCAUAGAUGAUGCCCUUCGGCUCCAGCUGCUGAAGAUUGGCAGUGCCAUCCAGAGGCUGCGCUGUGAGCUAGACAUCAUGGCCCGGUGCACCUCGCUGUGUUGCAAGCAGUGCCAAGAUACAGAGAUCACCACCAAGAACGAGAUCUUCAGCCUGUCUCUGUACGGCCCCAUGGCAGCCUACGUCAACCCCCACGGCUACGUCCAUGAGACCCUGACCGUCUACAAAGCCAGCAACCUCAACCUGGUCGGUAGGCCGUCCACACUCCACAGCUGGUUUCCAGGGUAUGCCUGGACGAUUGCUCAGUGUCGUACCUGUGCUUCACACAUGGGAUGGAAGUUCACAGCCACCAAGAAAGACUUGUCCCCUCCUCGUUUCUGGGGCUUGACCCGCUCGGCCAUGCUGCCCCGCAUCCCCCAGACUGAGGGUGAGGAGGGGGAUGAGGGCUCCCGCCUGCUCUGCCUGUGACAACAUGGGGAACUCCCCUCCCCACCCCCCAUGUCCCCAAUGGCUCUUCGAUCGCCCCACCCUGUCCACUGGGCAAGGGUCUCUAUUUUAGUAAUCGAGGCAUCCCGCCCAACCCCCUGACAGCCAUUGCAGCACAUUCAUCAUAUUAGUGUAAAGGUCAUCCUGCUUUAAAAUGGCAUUUUCUAACAUAGAGAGGGGGUGGGGGCAAGGAGGAGGUGGGAGGGGUGUUUUGUUCCUGACUGCAGGGACACUGCUGAUGGAAUGCGUUGCACAUCGACAGAUAGAUGUGGGGAAUGGAGCAAGAGAUUAGUUCUGCAACACAGCAUAUCUUCCCCAUAGCAUGCUACUCUUGACCUGUCUGUAUGGCUGUCUACUGUGGUCUGUCUAUCCAGCUUCUAUGCUAUUUGCCACAGACACGGCACGCACCAGUGCAUUGCCACUUGCUCUUAAACAUAGUGGGUGUGACUUUGCAUGCGGUAUCCAGCUAGGUGUAUAUAGGCUUAUAGACAGCCAUCAAGAGGACCUUCAGUACCCAUGAUCUAUCUCUAAACAAACCAAUCAAUAGAAAGCCACUUGUGAUUCAGGUCCACUGUUUGUCCUCGAUGUGUUUCUCAGAGAAGGUCAGUUCAGCUGGAUCGGUCAUAGAGAGUUAAACCAUGUCAAAUCCACGGUUUAGACGGUGUACGUACAUAUGAAAGUAUACUUCUUUUACAAGGAUGUAUCAUGCCUUUGUUUCAUAUGCCCGUUGAAUGCAUAUGAUGGAGGAAUUCGGAACAUGAACAAUGUAAGGAAGCUAUUGCUUUAUUUUGAAAUGCGUGGAAAUAUAUUAUUUGAUUGGUUUUCAUAUUUUCACAUUGUCUAAAAUGUACACUAUAUGUAAUACACAUGUAGAGAUAGAGGUUUCUAUUUUGAAACAGGCGGAGGCCCAUUGAACUGCAAGACACUGUUCCUUUGAAGACAAGGUGUACCUCUGGUUAGUGAAGACUAGAGUUGGUUUGAUGCCUGGUGUACUAUAGACUUGGAUAGCAGGGCACAAGGCAGUGGAGCCAGAGAUACUAGAAUUUCAGUCUUUCGCCAUGGUUCUAUAUGUGAUGUUGCUGCACUAAGGGCAUGGCUGGAUGACGUGCCUAUGGUCCAAAUCAAUGUCUAGUGAGCCACACAAUUAAAUGGGACAUUGUGUUAAUUAACCUGUAUUGGUUAAAAAUGGCAACAUUAUAUCAAGUGUUACCUACAUAACUAUAUUUUUGUUUAGAUCAAUGUAUUUGUUUUAAAUUAAGAAUUGUAUUCCUUGCUGAUGUACAAGGUUAUUUUGGCUCAUGUUUGUAAGUAACCAAUAAGAAUCAAUGUAGCAAUUCUGGUCUGACAUAGCUGAUUUAUCUAUGUAGAACCUCAACACUCUUGCCCCUCCCAUUGCCGUGUAUUUCCAUUUUAGAACAUGUAAUACAUGAUUGAUUUGUUCAGCUCGAUUAUCAACAUUUGAGUAAAGUAAUUCCAUGCAAUAAGAAAUGUUCUGCAAUACGA